CCCGCCGAUCUUCUUCCCCUCCAAGCAAAGCAAAGCAAAUCGACGAACGAACCGAGGAACCAGAUACGCGCGGACUCCGGCGGCGGAAUCGAACUAGGCGGAGUCGCGCGAUGGCGGCGGCGACGGUGAGCUCGGCCAGCGGGCUGCUGGCGAUGCUGCAGGAGCCGGCGGCGGAGCUCAAGCUGCACGCGCUCUCCAACCUCAACUCCCUCGUCCACGUCUUCUGGCCCGAGAUCUCCACCAGCGUCCCCGCCAUUGAGAGCUUGUACGAAGACGAGGAGUUCGAUCAACGGCAUCUCGCAGCACUUGUUGUUUCAAAGGUGUUUUACUACCUGAGCGAGCUAAAUGAUUCUCUGUCAUAUGCACUUGGCGCUGGACCCCUAUUUGAUGUCUCGGAGGAUUCUGAUUAUACUAAUACACUUUUAGCAAGAGCAUUAGAUGAAUAUGCCAGCAUCAGAUCAAAGACUUCCAAAGCUACUGAGGAGGAAGAAAUGAUGGAUCCAAGAUUGGAAGUCAUUGUGGAGAGAAUGCUAGACAAGUGUAUUCUCGAUGGCAAAUAUCAACAGGCUAUGGGGAUGGCCGUUGAAUGCAGGAGACUUGAUAAAUUGGAGGAUGCAAUCUCUCGAUGUGAUAACCUUCAUGGAGCUCUUUCUUACUGCAUCAAUCUAUCUCACCAAUAUGUUAGCCAUCGUGAAUAUCGCUGCGAGAUACUUCGUUGUCUUGUCAAAAUAUACAAGACGCUGUCCAAUCCGGAUUAUUUAAGCAUCUGCCAGUGUCUUAUGUUCUUGGGUGAAUCCGAAACUGUUGCAGAUAUCUUGCACAAGCUGCUUUCUGGAAGCGAGGAUGAUGCUCUCCUUGCAUACCAAAUUGCUUUCGAUCUUGUUGAAAAUGAAAAUCAGGCAUUUCUCCUGAAUGUGCGGAAUCACCUUGACACACUGAGCAUGCGGACUUCGGCUCUACCAAGUGGACAAACUGAUAAUGCUGCUACAGAACCAGCUGGUGAUAUUCAGAUGGGAGACGAUGUUGCCACAUCAAAUGGAAGUGCUCAGGUUGUGGAUCCGAAUGAAGUAGCAGUUACUGAUAAGUUGUCAAAAAUUAAGGGGAUAUUGUCAGGGGAGACAUCUAUUCAGCUGACCUUACAGUUCUUAUAUAGCCAUAAUAGGUCUGAUCUUUUGAUAUUGAAGACUAUAAAGCAGGCUUUGGAAAUGAGGAACAGCGUUUGUCACAGUGCAACUAUAUGUUCCAAUGCAAUCAUGCAUGCAGGAACGACAGUAGAUACCUUCCUCAGAGAAAACUUGGAAUGGUUAAGUAGGGCGACCAAUUGGGCCAAGUUCAGCGCCACUGCUGGACUAGGUGUUAUUCAUAGAGGUCACCUUCAGCAAGGCCGAGCUCUGAUGGCCCCGUACCUACCACAGGGUGGUGCUGUAGGCGGUGGCAGUCCAUACUCAGAAGGUGGUGCCCUCUAUGCUCUAGGUUUGAUUCACGCCAAUCAUGGUGAAGGAAUCAAACAAUUUCUUCGUGAGAGCCUUCGCACCACCAGUUCAGAGGUUGUCCAGCAUGGUGCCUGUCUGGGACUUGGGCUUGCAUCUUUAGGCACAGCAGAUGAGGAAAUAUUUGAGGACAUAAAGAAUAUUUUGUACACAGACAGUGCUGUGGCUAGCGAGGCAGCUGGUAUUGGCCUGGGCUUGCUUAUGGUUGGAACAGCCACUGAGAAGGCUGGAGAGAUGCUUGCCUAUGCACAUGACACGCAACAUGAGAAAAUUAUUAGGGGCUUGGCACUUGGAAUUGCAUUGACAGUGUAUGGCAGGGAAGAGGAAGCUGAUACCUUGAUUGAACAAAUGACUAGAGAUCAAGAUCCCAUACUUCGUUAUGGUGGUAUGUAUGCAAUCGCUCUAGCAUACAGGGGAACCGCAAAUAACAAAGCUAUCCACCAGCUUCUGCAUUUUGCUGUGUCGGAUGUGAACGAUGAUGUGCGGAGGACUGCAGUGUUGGCUCUUGGCUUUGUCCUGUACAAUGAGCCUGAGCAGACUCCCAGAAUUGUGUCCCUGCUCUCUGAAUCAUACAAUCCACAUGUCCGUUAUGGUGCAGCUCUAGCAGUCGGAAUCUCCUGUGCAGGAACGGGAUUAAGUGAUGCCAUCUCCUUGCUGGAGCCUCUUACUUCAGAUGUUGUUGACUUUGUGCGCCAGGGCGCUCUCAUUGCAAUGGCAAUGGUAAUGAUCCAGACUAAUGAAUCAUAUGAUCCUCGUGUUGGAACAUUCAGGCGCCAGUUGGAAAAAAUUAUUCUUGACAAGCAUGAGGACACCAUGAGUAAGAUGGGUGCCAUACUAGCUUCUGGCAUCAUCGAUGCUGGUGGUAGGAACGUCACCAUCAAGCUUAAGUCGAAAUCAAAGCAUGACAAGCUCACUGCUGUUGUCGGUCUGGCUGUUUUCAGCCAGUUCUGGUAUUGGUACCCGCUGACCUAUUUCAUCAGCUUGGCCUUCUCUCCAACAGCCAUCAUUGGCGUUAACUCUGAUCUGAGAAUGCCGAAGCUCGAGUUUCUGUCGAAUGCUAAACCAUCACUCUUCGAUUACCCCAAGCCAACAAGUCAGCAAACUGCGACUGCAGCAGUCCAGCUGCCGACAGCCAUUUUGUCAACCUAUGCAAAGGCAAAAUCUAGGGCGGCAAAGAAGGAUGCAGAAAGCAAAGCCCAGGAAAAGGCAGAGGCAGUCCAGGAGAAGGCAGAGACAGCCGAGGGAAAGGCAGAGGCGCCAACAAGUGAAGACGCCUCUACUUCCAUGCAGGUCGACGGUGCUGCUCCAGAGAAGAAGGCGCCUGAACCGGAGCCGACGUUCCAGGUCUUGGCAAACCCAGCCAGGGUUCUCCCCGCCCAGGAGAAGUUCAUAAAGUUCCUGGAAGGCAGCCGGUACGAGCCCGUGAAGAUGGCUCCCUCAGGGUUCAUCCUCCUACGGGACCUGAAGCCCACCGAGGCCGAGGAACUAGUCCUCGCCGACACCCCUUCGACCGCUGCAGCAGCGACAAAUGCCACGAGCCAACAGUCGGCCAUGGCUGUCGAUGAAGAGCCACAGCCGCCCGAGCCGUUCGAGUACACCUCGUGAUGAAUAUGGAUCGGUCCACCCCACCAUCACCAAGGAAUGUUUGGGUUGUUUGUAUUGUUGGCAGGAACUGCUUGUUUUUAUCACACAGCUAAUUCAUUUCUUUCGGCCGGUCACGUCGCCUCUUUGUAUUGAUAUUCCUUUUUUUUUUAAAUAUAUUCUGUGACGACGUUUUA